AUGCCGAUCGACAAAUCCAAACCCUACAUACCCCUAGCCGGCGGCGCAGAUGACGGUUGGUCUCACGAGCACCAAGCGACAGCUACAUGCUACUGUGGUGCCAUACAACUUGCCUUUCCAACCGACGGUCCCGGCCUAGUUGACACAUUCCUCUGCCAUUGUACAGACUGCCGCAAAAUCACCGCGUCGAUGUUCGCCUCCAACUUCAUAGUUACAGACUCCCAUCUGAUACACCUGCGCGGCCGGGAAAAUCUUAAAUCCUACAGCCAGUCUCGAACAAUCGCUUCCGGCAAAACAAUGACCAACUUCUUUUGUUCAACAUGUGGUUCGCUUAUGUAUCGCGUCGGCGAGGCAUACCCGGGGCACAGCAUUCUUCGUAUUGGAACGGUGGAUGACUUUAACUUACAUGAGACUAAGUUGAGGCCGAGGAUUGAGCAGUAUACAAAGGAUCGGGUUGGGUGGUUACAUGGCGUGGAGGGUUUUGAGCAGGUUAGAGGGACGGCUUAUGGUUCGGACGUAAAAGUUAGCUUGGAUUUGGGGUGUACAGAUAAGACAGACGUGGCGUAA